GGACCUCGGAGAGCGCCGGGCGCUGCGACCGGAGGGACUGGAGAAGCCGCCGGAGCCGCUCCGGACCGACGCCUGCGAGCCCGCCUCUCUCUGCACCCUGAGCUUCCCGGGCUGGCAGGCGGAUAGUGGCAGCUGAGGAAGGUGCCUAAGUCGGGAAUCAGACAGACAUCCCUCUGGGACGCGGACGCCGCGGUCCGACGCGGCUCCCUCACACCUGUGUUUUUUAAAAUGAGGAAGUUUAAUUUCCGAAAAGUUUUGGAUGGCUUGACUGCCUCCUCCCCGGGCAGUGGUAGCGGCAGUGGCAGUAACAGUGGUGGUGGAAGCGGUUCCGUGCACCCUGGAGGGACUGCAGGGGUCCUCAGAGAGGAGAUUCAGGAAACCCUGACUUCAGAGUAUUUCCAUAUUUGCAAGACAGUUCGGCAUGGUUUUCCUUAUCAACCCACAGCAUUAGCCUUUGAUCCAGUUCAGAAAACCUUGGCUAUUGGGACGAGAACAGGUGCUAUACGAAUACUCGGGAGACCUGGCGUUGAUUGUUAUUGCCAACACGAAAGUGGUGCAGCUGUCCUGCAGCUCCAGUUCUUAAUCAAUGAGGGUGCUUUGGUCAGUGCAAGUUCAGAUGAUACACUUCAUUUGUGGAACCUUAGACAAAAAAGGCCAGCUAUUCUUCAUUCUCUUAAAUUUAACCGAGAACGAAUUACUUACUGUCAUCUACCUUUCCAGAGUAAAUGGCUCUAUGUUGGAACAGAAAGAGGAAAUACACAUAUUGUAAAUAUUGAAUCUUUCAUUCUUUCUGGAUAUGUUAUCAUGUGGAACAAGGCAAUUGAACUAUCCACAAAGACUCAUCCAGGUCCAGUUGUACAUUUAAGUGAUAGCCCAAGAGAUGAAGGGAAACUGCUAAUAGGUUAUGAAAAUGGUACUGUAGUAUUCUGGGACCUGAAAUCUAAAAGAGCUGAACUGAGAGUUUAUUAUGACGAGGCUAUUCAUUCAAUUGAUUGGCAUCAUGAGGGCAAGCAGUUCAUGUGCAGCCAUUCAGAUGGUAGCUUGACUUUAUGGAACCUGAAAAGCCCAAGUCGUCCUUUCCAGACCACAGUUCCACAUGGUAAAAGUCAAAGAGAAGGAAAAAAAUCUGAAUCUUGUAAACCAAUUCUUAAAGUAGAAUACAAGACAUGUAGAAACAGUGAACCAUUCAUAAUAUUUUCUGGUGGACUGUCCUAUGACAAAGCUUGCAGAAGACCAAGUUUAACCAUUAUGCAUGGAAAAGCAAUUACAGUACUUGAAAUGGAUCAUCCUAUUGUUGAAUUUCUAACUUUAUGUGAAACACCCUAUCCAAAUGAAUUUCAAGAACCCUAUGCAGUCGUAGUACUUCUGGAGAAAGAUCUCAUUGUAGUUGAUCUGACGCAAAGCAAUUUUCCAAUCUUUGAAAAUCCAUAUCCCAUGGACAUUCAUGAAUCACCAGUAACAUGCACAGCCUAUUUUGCUGAUUGCCCACCAGAUUUGAUUCUAGUACUCUACUCUAUAGGAGUCAAGCAUAAAAAACAAGGAUACAGUAAUAAGGAGUGGCCAAUCACUGGAGGAGCUUGGAACCUUGGAACACAAACAUAUCCAGAAAUUAUUAUUACUGGUCAUGCAGAUGGAUCAAUAAAAUUUUGGGAUGCUUCUGCAAUAACUCUGCAGAUGCUGUACAAGCUAAAAACCUCAAAAGUGUUUGAAAAACAGAAGGUAGGAGAAGGAAAACAAACAUGUGAAAUUGUAGAGGAAGAUCCAUAUGCCAUUCAGAUGAUUUACUGGUGUCCAGAGAGCAGGAUAUUCUGUGUUUCAGGAGUCUCUGCAUAUGUCAUAAUUUAUAAAUUCAGCAGACAUGAAAUUACAACAGAAAUAGUGUCAUUGGAGGUACGACUUCAGUAUGAUAUUGAAGAUAUUAUUACCCCGGAACCAGAAACAAGUCCUCCAUUUCCAGAUCCCUCGUCCCAUCUUUCCUCAAGGAGUCUUUCUGGAAGUACUAACACUGUGGCUAGUGAAGGAGUCACAAAGGACAGUAUCCCAUGCCUCAAUGUUAAGACACGACCAGUGCGGAUGCCUCCAGGGUAUCAAGCAGAACUUGUUAUUCAGUUGGUGUGGGUGGAUGGUGAACCUCCCCAACAGAUUACUAGUCUUGCUGUAAGCUCAGCGUAUGGAAUAGUUGCAUUUGGGAACUGCAAUGGGUUGGCUGUGGUGGAUUUUAUACAGAAGACAGUACUGUUAAGCAUGGGAACUAUUGACCUAUAUAGAUCGAGUGACCUAUACCAACGACAACCACGGUCUCCUCGAAAAAACAAGCAGUUCAUUGCAGACAACUUUUGCAUGCGUGGCCUGUCUAACUUUUAUCCUGAUUUAACGAAACGGAUCCGUACUUCCUAUCAGAGUUUAACGGAGCUGAAUGACAGUCCAGUUCCCCUGGAACUUGAGCGCUGCAAGUCUCCCACUUCAGAUCAUAUAAAUGGACACUGCACAAGCCCAACUUCUCAGAGCUGCAGUUCUGGAAAACGGCUUUCUAGUGCUGAUGUUUCAAAAGUAAACCGCUGGGGUCCUGGAAGACCACCAUUUCGAAAAGCACAAUCUGCCGCUUGCAUGGAGAUUUCUUUACCAGUUACAACAGAAGAAAGCCGAGAAAAUUCAUAUAAUCGUUCUAGAAGCUCUAGCAUCUCUAGUAUUGACAAAGAUUCUAAAGAAGCAAUUACAGCACUAUACUUCAUGGAGUCCUUUGCUCGGAAAAAUGACUCUACUAUCUCCCCGUGUUUGUUUGUUGGAACUAGUCUGGGAAUGGUGUUAAUCAUCUCCCUGAACCUACCUUCAGCAGAUGAACAAAGAUUUACAGAGCCAGUCAUGGUAUUGCCAAGUGGUACAUUCCUCUCAUUGAAAGGAGCUGUGCUAACAUUCUCCUGUAUGGAUCGAACUGGUGGAUUAAUGCAACCGCCAUAUGAAGUUUGGAAGGACCCAAACAAUAUAGAUGAAAAUGAAAAACCUUUGAGAAGGAAACUGGUCAUGAACUGCCCCUCUCCAUCCCAAGAAACAGGAGAUCAUCAGUAUACAAUAAUCUGCUCAGAAAAACAAGCCAAAGUCUUCUCACUGCCUUCUCAGACUUGCCUUUAUGUUCACAUGUUGGAUGUUAAUUAUUUGCCACUGACAGACAUGAGGAUAGCACGGACAUUUUGUUUUACCAAUGAAGGACAGGCAUUAUACCUCGUCUCUCCUACUGAAAUCCAGCGGUUAACAUACAGCCAAGAGAUGUGUGAUAACCUACAGGACAUGCUGGGAGAUUUGUUUACUCCCAUAGAGACUCCAGAAGCUCAAAACAGAGGGUUUCUAAAGGGACUGUUUGGUGGAAGUGGACAAACAUUUGACAGAGAAGAACUCUUUGGGGAAGCUUCCGCAGGGAAAGCAUCCCGCGGCCUUGCUCAGCACAUUCCUGGCCCAGGCGGGAUAGAGGGGAUGAAAGGCGCUGCAGGCGGGGUGAUGGGAGAGCUGACUCGGGCACGGAUCGCACUUGAUGAGAGAGGACAGAGGUUAGGAGACCUGGAAGAGAAAACUGCAGGCAUGAUGACCAGUGCAGAAGCAUUUUCCAAACACGCACAUGAGUUAAUGCUGAAAUAUAAGGAUAAGAAAUGGUACCAAUUCUAAACUUCUAAAGAAGCUGUGACUGCUUUCAGAAACAAUUAUUCAGGGAAACCAAAUUUAUUCCCAGCAUCACUAUUCAACUGCUAGAAGCCAGUUUCUUCUACAAAAAAAUGUUCCAUUACAGUCCAUCUGAAGUUAUCAUAAGAGAGAAGUAUCAAAGACACUGUACAACUGAAAGGCUGGAACCCUGGUUAAAAUCCCAAGGUAUGGCUGAAUUUGCCGUUUCCCGCGUGGAGUGGAGCUACCAUCUUGGCAUGUCAUUUGCUAAGGAAUUUACAUUUAGGAACUACGGGGAGUCCUCCUGAUGUGAAAAAAUCCUGUAUAAACAAAAGCAUUAAUGCACUUAAUGAAAAAAAAAUCUUUGCAUGAUAAAUUAACAUCUUAAGAGGAAAAGAAACAAAAGCAUGUUGUGACAGAA